UCUUGCCUCUUUCCAGCGUAGCCAAAGCCGCCUUCUCAGACUCGUCGACGACAAAUCAUGCCCUUCUUUGAAGAGGCCCACUUCGAAAGCUGGAUCGAGGUCGACGGAGUGCGGGCCGAAGAGUACCAGACGACGUUGACAGUCGAGGGCAAUGAGAUCAUCAAGACGUGCUGGAUCGAAGCUCGUGAAGGAGCCAAGUUUCAGUUUCGAGGACAAAUGGGCCUUGAAGGUGCACGGCAAUUCCAGGCUAGAUUUUUCGCCGACGGCACGAGGGCAGCCUCUUACGUAUACCCUGAUGAGCGAGAUCGAGAUAUGACCUGCAAGGGCUUCGACCUUGAGGAUGGCACACACCCUUUCUUCUUCGGGCCGAUGGACAAGACUAGUGAAGAAAGCAGCAAAGAGGAACAAAGAAAGCUAGAGGAGAUCAUCGGUACCCUUGAGCUCCGAGUGAGACCCUGCACACUUGAGCUCAGCGGCAAUUCCGGCAAGGGGUCCGGUGAGCGCAACACAGCAAAAGUCUUCGAAGAUUCGAAGCUCGCCAAGCUGGGUAUUUCCGUGCGCUCAUCGGAAGAAGUCACCCCUCGCGGGUACCAUAACUGCUAUCACUCCACCCCCAUUCCUGGCAGUAAGACCCUGGUGACACGGUUCAAGUACAUGUCAAGGCCCUGGCUAGAAAGACUGAAAAUUGUGGAGCGCACUUGUGAGGACGAGACCGUGGUAGACAAUGCAACGGUGAACAAUGACGAUGAAACCGAGGACGACAACGCGACGGUUACCGACACGAAGCCGGUCAUUCGCAGUCGAGUAACGAAGCGCGAAGCCCUUCAUGAGGAGGAUCGCAUACCCCGGGCCAAGAAGGCUCGUCGUCUCAAUACCAGCGGCAGCGCUUCGAGGUCUGUGGUCGUCGUCGACUUGACUGGCAGCAAGCCAAAAGUCGAGAGCAUUUCUUCUUCCGACGAACCUUGGUCGAGAAGAGUAGGACCUACAAUCGUCCUCGAAUAAUGGAGCCAGAGCAGACGGAGCUGAGAAGCUCCCGGACUUCCGCAUGGGGUGAUCGACAUCUGAUACAGCUCCAUAUCCCCAGAAGCGCCUCCUUUGAUGAAGCAAAAUGUUGCUACUUUCAGCAAGACCGAUGAGACACACAGAAGAUAUAGACAUAUUCAGCUGCUCAAGCUCCGAAAACUAACAAGACAGGUUCUCUCUCCCCAUAGCUCUCCUCACGAAGAAUUGUCUAAGCUUCGUUCUGCCUGGCCCUUCCCCUAUAUUCUCCCUUUAUUGUUCAUUCCCGUCUUCUUCAGAGAGCAUCGUCAGAGACCAGUGCAAAUGCAUUCCUCUCCAUUUCGCU